UUUCUUUUCUACUCAGCUUUUUUUGUCCACCAAUUUUUUAUUGAUUUCAAUCUUCUUUUUUUUUCGCACCAUGACUGAGGAGAUGUACACCGCCAACCUUAUUGGCGAUAUGUUCUCUCCCAAAGUACCUUGUGUACCUGUGAUGUCAAACGCUGGUAUCGAUAUCAGCAAUAUUGCUAUUCAUCCGAUGAAUAACGAUCCUUCAGACGACACGCCUACUCUUAGUGAGACGCCAACAACUUCGCAACGAUCCUCCACGAGCAUAACAACGCAGCCAGCUUUAGCAUCCAUCGAUGAUCGUUCUCCUUCUCUGAUGCCGCUAGGACGUAUCGAUACCUCCGUCAGAUUCCAGGAUACCGAUGCUGAAGGGCGUCCAAGCAUCUAUCUUUUUAUUUUUGUUAACCCUCUUUCCGGCGACCGCAAGGGAAGUGACCUCAUCCAUUUACCUAUUCAGCACUUUCGAUUACGACGGCUGCCAAGAGUACAAGUGGAAAUUCAUAAUAUACUGGAUUCUGUCGACCGCAAGGCCGGUCUUGAACGUAUUCAGCUGAUUGAAAAUAUGAUUAAACUUCAACAAUUACCUGCUUUGCCCACGGAUGAAGACAUGCUGGAAGAAAAACAGCGAAAUGGAGGAGCGCUCAGCAAAACAGCUCGUACUCGUCACAUUCACGUUUGGAGUGCUGGCGGGGACGGCACUGUCAUGAGUGUGUUUGAAAUGCUUGUGGCUCAUCGCGUUGAUAUGAACUGUCUGUUCUUCUCAUGUAUUCCCUUCGGCACCGGCAACGAUUUCAGUCAGGUGCUUGGAUGGGGACGCACCAUCCCGCAUAGUGAUGUUCUUGGUCGUCGACUGGCCCACCUUGAGGAACUUGUGACUGAGCGGCUGGAGAAAGCCGAAGCCGCCCGCUUGGAUAUCUGGCAGGUUGAAAUGACAGCGCAUCCUUCAGGCUACGUAAGACUUGCCGGACCGCAUCGCCAAGAUGGUCACGACGUAGCCGAAAUAAAAGACGAUCGCGAAUAUAGCAACAAUCCACGCUUAGAAAGGAAAAUGUGCAACUAUAUGUCUAUUGGUGUCCAAGGCUACGUAGGCAGUGGUUUCGAGGAGCAUCGAGCCGGCAACCGCUUUGCCAACGUCAUGGUCUACACCAAAGAAAGUGCUAAAUGGGUGUUUCUCCGUAAAUUUCCUCCAGUUACUCAUUUCAUCGACUCUAUUCUCGAUCGAGAUGGAGAGCCGGUACUUCGUUGCCCGGAUCCGCGGAAAAAAUCUGACAGUAAAACGAGUCGACGAGCUGCGGCAGUGCAUUGCGCCAAAUCGAGUAGUACAAAUCACACACCUGAGAUGACUAAGCAUCCUAUCGAUUUCGUGAUUCAAAAUAUUCCACACAUAUGGGGAAGAGAAGUCGAUCUGUGGGGAGAAGCGAAAUACGGCCUUGAAUCUGUUAGAAAUCGUUCUGGCGCGACUCAUCCAGAUAAUUGGCGACCGCAACUUGCCAAUGAUGGACGUAUGGAAGUUAUGGUGAUCAAUGACUUGUUAAGUUACUUUAAGAAGCUUGCCAACAUACGGCAACACGUUUCACGGAUUGGACAAUUCGAAACACCAUUCACUGUGCGGUUUCGACCUCCACCCGAAAACAACCAAAAGCAAAAGGGCCUAUGGUCAUGGAUCAAACGACGUCUUACAAACCGUUAUGAACGCGAAAAUAUCAUUUGCAUCAUGUGCGAUGGCGAAUUUUACGUUUUGAAAGACCCAAAGGAACUCAAGUUUGAGCGAUACGCGCAAAUUUGGACCCUCGGACGAAGUGACGAAAAACGCAAAGGUCGCUUAGUACUAGACGAAUUGGCAAAACAUCAACAAGAGGAUCAUCCUUUCCCCAGCAUGCAAUAAUGUUUAAUCCUGAACUGUAUACAGUAACUAAUCUACUUAUUUAUUUUCUAUCCAUUCCUUUUAUGUAAUCUCUCGUAAAAUUAUCACAUUCGCAUUUCUCAUAAAUUUUUAUUCUGUGAGGCGUAGCAUCCUUCAUUAACCUCGUGCUACCCUAAAUCGUUUCAAUCCUUGUGAUCCCGACAAAUACCGAAAGGUCCAAUUAGAGACGUAUUUAUACGUUCAGCAGCGAAAUAAAGAAUAAACAUUUAUUGCAAGCCUACUAUGCCCGU